AUCACUCCGCUCACAAUGGCAGCCUACAAGAGCCUCCUCCUGGUGAUCGCCCUCUGUGCUGCCACAGUUUACAGUCUACGAUGUUACACCUGUGAGUUACAAUCUAGCAACUCCAAAUGCCUGACGGAGACUAACUGCACAAGCAACGCAACGUCCUGUCUGACAUCAGUGGCAUCCGGCUCAGUUGGUGGGGUCUCGGCCACCAACAUCACUAAGCAGUGUGCAGUGUCCUGCAAUCCUUCUACCAAUACCACAACUGGUGGCACCACCACUGUCACCUGCUGCUCCACCGACCUGUGUAACUACAGCACCAGCAUCAACAGCACCAGCACCAACAGCACCAGCCCCAGCCCCAACACCAGCACCAAGUCCAGCACUAGCACCAGCACCAAGUCCAGCAAUAGCACCAGCACCAAGUCCAGCUAUGCCGCCAUCAUCCUGGCGCUGGGAUCCAUCCUGACAAUCCUGAAGAGCUCAGUCCUGUAACCUCAGACGUAUAGAAAUAAAGAGAUUGUGACU